AUGGCCGCUGGUACCAAGAAGGCUAAGGCCAAAGACAAGGGCAAGGCAGCCACCAAGAAGGUUAAGAAGGGGAAGAGCCCAGAAGCUACAGAAACUCAGACAACUACGAAUACUCCUGCUCCUGGCAGCCCUGAACUUACGGCGCAGGAACCAGAGCAAGUAAAAGACCAAUCUGCUGUUGAAAAUACAGACGUGGAAGUAAAGACGCCACUUCCUGUAUCAGCCUACGAGGUAUUUGACGACGAGACUACACCUCAAGACAGCCCCAAACCUGCCGCAGAUCAAGUACCGCCUGUACUUGAAAAUCCCGUAUCAGCAUACGAGGUGUUCGACGACGGGACUGCACCUCAACAAGACACCAACCCUAUCGCAGAUCAAGACACACCUGCACUCGACGAUCCCGCAUCAGCAGACGCGGUAGCUGACGAUAAGGCUGCACCUGAAGACGUGCCCAACCCUGUCGCAGAUCCACAGUCGCCUGUGCUUGAAACCCCUGUAUCUGCAUACCAAGUGUUCGACGACGACACUGCACCUAAAGCCAUCCCCGACCCUGUCGUGGAUCAACCGUCGCCUAUAGUCGACAAGCCUGUCGACGAAGCACCCUUGGACGAGUCAAGCUCGACUCAGCCACCCACCCUGGAUACUGAAAUCAAAGAGCCGCCCGUACAAGAGACAACUUCGGUUCAGGCUCCCAUAGAGGUCCCAGAAGCAACGGAGCCCUUGGAAGACCAUACCAAGCAAGACGAACCCAGUCAGGUCGAGCGCUCUGAGACUGUUGCAGUCUCAUCGCCACCGGUUAACCCAUUCUCCUCUGCGGCCGCCUCUGUACCUUUGCCUUCGCCAUCUUUGACCGAAGCACGGUAUAUGUCAAGUCCUUCCCAGGAAUACCAACACUAUUACCCUGGGCCAUAUUCCCCUUACGCUUCACCCAACCCCUACUCUGCACCAGCAAAUUACGUGUCACCAAACGGCUACGGCUCUCCAGUGCCUUACCCUACUUCCCCGGUGCAGUACGCUUCGCAAAACCCUUAUUCUCCGGUGCCCUACGCAUCACCCGCGCUCUACGCCCCAGUGCCGUACAACGGUUCCCAGGUGCCUUACAACUCAUCCACACCUUACGCUGGCUCUCCAGUGCCUUAUACCUCAUCGGUAGCUUAUAAUUCCUCACCGGUGCCCAAAGUCAGCAGCCCACUUGCACGUUCCCACUACCCUCAAAUGUCUCCAACUAUAUCACCAACUGCAACCCCUCCCCCUCCCAAUCCACCAUCCGCACCGAUGGCUCCUUCAGACUCGCCUCCCAUGGCCCCAGGUGGACCACAUGCCCUCCAAUCACCUGUUAUGAGCUCGGCUGGAAUGAUGCCUCCUUAUGGAUAUUAUUCUCCUCAUCAUCAACAACCAGAGGCUCAUUAUAUGCACCGGAGCUACAGCAUCCCGGAUCCAUCAUAUCAGGCAUCAUAUCAGGCCCUUCAAAACCUAUCGAUGGGCAAUGGCCAUCCCCAUGAGAAUGGGUCUCCCCCAGAGAGCGACGCUGAGCACAUUGAGCUUCUUCAACGUAUACAGUCAGCUAUUCCAGAUAUCAACCGUCUCCUUCAUGGGUUCCGCAGCACCCACAGCAAGCUCUCAACCCGGGAGGCUGAGAUGAAGCAUAUUGGAAAUCAGCACGAACAAGCACUGAUUCACAAGGAUUAUUACAUUGAAGCUCUGCAAUCUCAAAUGAAGAAGGCUGCCAAUGAAAGUGCCGAAGAAGGCGCCAAACUGAAGCAUACCAUCAAUGAGCUGCGUCUCGAGCUCGGGGAUCUGCAAGAGAAGCAGAAAGACCUUGAAGAUGGCCUAGCUGUCCACCAGAAGUCCAACGAGGAGCUUUCUGAAACCAAGGCCCAACUCGAAGGACAAGUCAACCAGCUCAAUGAAAACAUAAAAGAGUCACAGGAAGCCCACGAUAAAGAGUUGGAGGUUCAGAAGGAAGAACAGGAGAAGGCUCUUGUGGCACAGAAGGCAGAGCUCACAGAGCUGUUCGAAGAGAUCAAGGCCGAGGAUGAGAAAACGGCAGCCGAGAAUCUGGAGACCCGUGAGCGCGAACUUCGCGCUGAACAUGAAGCUAGUCGAGAAGAAUGGGAGAAGGAGAAGGCUCAAAUGCAGGAGUCUUUCGAAGCCCAGCGCACCGAGCUGGAGGCUACUAAGACAGAAGUGACAUCCCAGAUCGCUGCAUUGGAAUCCAAGGAGGCAGAGUUACAAGCUCAACUCACCGAACUCACAUCAACACGUGAGGAACUAGCAGCCAAGCUGGCAGAGCUAGAAUCAACACGCGCGGAACUAGCAGCGAAGCUGACAGAGCUGGAGGAGACCCAGCAGAAGAACGCCCAAGAAUCGGAAGAACUUCGACAAGGCCAUGCUGGUGAAUUGGACUCCCUGCGACAAUCCCAUGAUGCACAACUCGCUGCUGCUGCCAAAGAAUUAGCCGACCAGAUUGCGGCUCUGGAAUCUCAAUUCAAUGAGAAAGAGCAGCUUUGGACUGCGGAGCGUGCUGCCUUGGAACAGAAACUCUCCGACAAAGACAAUGAACUUUCUAGUGCCGAGCGAGAGAAGGAAAGGUUGGAAGGAGAAGGAAUCGUCAAGGAGCAGCACCUUCAGCGUGCAGUGGAUGGAAUGCGAGUGACUAUCGAUAACUUGGGCUCAGAUUGCGAGAGGCUUAGAAAAACACUCUCCAGUCUGGGAGAGGCUACUGACCUCAGAAAUACCAAAGGCGAUCAAUUCUUCCUGAACUGUUUCACAGAGCUCUCGGAGCUCAUUCACGAUCUAUCCAAAGAGCAUUUCGGAUAUCUCCCUAUCGAUCCCCCAAAAGACGUCCUUUCCAAGAUUCCAUCCGAACUUCCACCUUUCCUUGACAACACCCCAGCUUCCCGCGAACUCCGUUGUGCCUACAUCCAGCACAUCAUCUCAAAAACCCUAACCUUCCGAGUCUUCCAACCAUUCCUCUUCACCCUAGGUCGACGAUAUGACAAAGCCGACACCUUCUUCCAGAUGCUGUCCAUGGACAUCCGACGCAAAUCCGUCCGCCGCGAGGCCUUCUGGCGUCAACAGACCCUGAAAGCAGCCUACACGACCUCAGAUGCAAAGCAAUCCAUCAACGUGGCAGCCGCAGUGAUCGUCGACGAAAUCAUCGACCACAUUAAGCAUUUCGCCGAUCCCAAGCACCUCGACUCCCUCCUAAUCGGCGUCCGAAAGAUCGUCAAGCUCGCCGCCGAGACAUGGAGACACGCACGCGUUGAGCGCGAGCUCGUCCUUGCCAAUUUCCCUGCUCCGGACGCAGAGAGUGUCUCAAAUGAGGGCUGGCUGGAGUACAAUUCCAACAAGGAGCCGUCACUCACCCCGUCGAGCGAGCCCUCUCGUCACGUCGUGCUGCGGACCUUCCCGCGUAUUACGCGCGAGGCUGCUCACGAGGACUUCGCUAGCGACGAGGAGAAAGUUGUCGGGUGUACUUACUCGCAGGGUGUUGUGUUGUACUCCGAUUCGCCAGUCAUUAUGGGUCGGCUUCAGGAGUUUGCGAAGAAGUCUAACGAUGGUCUGGCCACCGACUCGCCUCCCAAGUCGCCUUUGGCUAUCAAGGCUUUGCAGAGGUUAGCGCCGCUUGACGUUUCCCCUGCGAAGGUUAUGACUGUCCGAUCGGCUCCUACGAGUCCGAAGGGUGAAUUUAGGAGCUUGUGA